UGCCACCAUGGCGCCCUCACCGGACAGCUUCGUCCUUCGACAACAAAUUCCACCAUUUUCAUCAUCGGACUCUGAUCUCGCUGCACUUGUUUUUAAUUUUGUGAGUUUGCAUCUCUCCAAAAAUGAGUGCGAGUCUAUGGGAUCACUUGCCGGCUUCGGCCGGCUCCCUUCUUACUAAUGAAGAGUGCUUCAUUCUGCUCGAUGCCGACAUCGAACAGCUCUUCAACAACAAUGACGAUCUGCUUAAAACCUUCCCGACUGCUGCUCCCAAGACGGAGUACGACAGCUACCACCUCCAAGACGACGUGUCCACGAGUCUGUACCCACCAUCUCCGCCGGAGAUCAAGCCCAGCCGCGCUGAGCUUGCCAACGAUCUCCUGCAGCAGCUAGACACCAACUGCAAACAAGAGAAUAUUUUCUCCAAUUGGCUAGAGGAAAAAUCGGAGCUUCCCAUUUUUGAGAACAUCUCGCAAGUACCGGAGCGCGUAGAGCCGACUCCUCCGGUGUCGCUGCCGAUUGUACCGACGUUCUCCGCGCCGCAGCACACCGAAGAUCUCCUGCGGGAGUUCGAGACCGUAUAUGGUGCCGUAGAGCUGACGCACCUCACGCCGCCCCAGAGCCCCCCCGGGCCUGCGACUCAAUUGCUCUUAAGUUACGCUCAACAAGCGCAAUGCGCCCCAUUCGCGCCCGCUCUGCCUCUUGUGCCGACCCAAGACCAGUGGCCCGUCGUGACCGCGCCCGUACCCCUGGCCGAGCCAGCGCAGCACUACGACUGCGGGUACGAGGACGUCGAGGAGCUCGUCCGUCACCGCGCCGCGCAGCUCGCCUCUCCGCAGCACUCCGGAGGCAGCGCUAGCGUAUCUCCACAAUCUUCCCCGCCAUCGUCGCCGCGCUCGUCGUGCACUGACGACGAGUGGUCGUCCUCCUCCAGGCCCAAGCCGUACUCGCGCCCCUCUGACGACCGCCGCUCCCGCAAGAAGGAGCAGAACAAAAAUGCGGCGACGCGUUACCGCCAGAAGAAGAAGGCAGAGAUCGAAGACCUUCUCAAUGAGGAACAACAGAUGCGCGAGCGCAAUUCUAAACUCAGCGACAAGUGUUCCGACUUGCAGCGCGAAAUCCGUUAUCUAAAAGGAUUAAUGCGCGACCUUUACAAGGCUAAAGGUCUUAUCAAAUAAACCACCACCGCCGCCACCUCCAGAGAUCGGAUACUGUCAAUAUGGCGCGACACAGAAGCGCGCAUUGUGAACACUGAUUCAUAAAGAAGUUGUGGAAGUUACGUAUAUUUUUGAUGAUAAUAUUAACAUUAAGAAGUAUAGAUAUUAUUUGUAUCGCAGAUAAGCAGAUUUUAAGUCAUCGAGCAGUUUGAAUCAUUUUAAUCAUUAGUAGAGGGAUACAAAAUAACACCAUCAGAGAAAAAGGUGGCGCCCCUUCAUAUCUUUCAUUUUUCUUUCAUUUUAGAGGAUAGGUCGCAUUCGUUGUAAUGAAAAUAUGAAUUGUACAUUCGCUUUCGCGACAGCACUGUACACUUUAGUUAACACCUUUUUAAAUCAAUUAUUUGUAAAUCAAAUCAUUUAUUUGCAUUUUAUUGUCAUCUUAUGAAUUUUUGAUGUUUUAUGUUUUCUUACAAUAUAUGGAAUGCGACGGCGUA